GAAGAGACGAGUGGAUUCCCUUACACAACUUUCAUCGAACACCUAUCCAUCUCUUGAAACGUGUCAACCCACCAACUACCCACGCGCCCAUCCAAACCUCUGGAACCAACACCACCACCUUCUUCUUCAUUUUCUCCUUCUUUCCUCAAAACAGCAGAGCCAUGAAUCGCGUGGCAUUUCCCAAAUCCGUUGCGCGGCGAUGUUGCAGAGCCAUCCACCACACCACAUGGAAGCAGUGUUGCGAAACCCAGCUCCAAAGUGCUGGUCCCGUGGCUUCUCUCCUCAAGUCUCGUUCCGUUAUACGCUUCCGUGGCCCCGACACCCUCAAGUUUCUUCAGGGCCUCUUGACCAACGAUGUACGGAAGUUCGGUGAACCCAUUGGUGAAAAAAUUGAAAAUUUGCCCACACCCAACGUCCCUGCUGCGUCGCCCCCUCCUAUUUAUGCUGCGUUAUUGACCCCGCAAGGUAGAUUCCUCUUUGACCUCUUCCUCUAUAAGCCUCCCACUUGCGACGCCAAGCUCGAUGAUUCCGGCACUGCCCCUGAGUCCCACCCCCAUCAACCCUUUGACUUAUUUGCCGAUGUGGAUACUUCUGUGUUGGAUGAUUUGUUGCAAACCUUCAACAAAUACCGGUUGAGGUCAAAGGUUGAGAUUGAUAAUGUCUCAGACGAUUUCUCAUGCUGGCAGCGUUAUGGUGCUGGCCUUCCUGAGAAAUCCUCACGUGUCGAAGAACCAGAAGCAGCCUCGGUUGGCUGGGGUGCUGGCGUGGAUCCUACUGCAAUGUCGUCUUCACAUGGGAGUGAUCGUGGGUGGCAGUGGUUUAAGGAUCCCAGAUUGCUCUGUCUUGGUUUCAGAGGGAUCUUCCCAUCAAAUAUAACUCCACCUUUAAUUGAGGCUGAUAAAGAGACUGAUGAACAGAAUUUUCUUCUCUGGAGAAUAGAGAAGGGAGUAGCAGAAGGAUCAACCGAGAUUCCUAAAGGUGAGGCAGUACCGCUUGAGUAUAAUCUUGCAGGCCUUAAUGCAAUUAGCUUUGAUAAAGGUUGCUAUGUGGGCCAGGAACUCAUAGCUCGGACACACCACAGGGGGGUGAUUCGGAAGCGUAUAGUUCCUCUAAGGUUUGUUGAAAAUGAUGGGAAAGAAUUAUUAAACAAAGUGAUUCCAGGCUCAGAAGUAACGAACAGUGCAUCAGGCAAAAAAGCUGGUAUAGUGACUACGGCCCUAGGAUGUCGUGGGUUGGGGCUCUUGCGACUGGAGGAAGCUUUUAAGGGGUCCGGUGCCUUGUCCAUUCAAGGACAAGCAGAUGUUAAGGUUGUUGCUAUUAGACCAGAUUGGUGGCCUUCUGAAUGGCUUCAAGAUCAUCCCCAGCACACUGCUUUUGCCUAGGAUGCUCAAAGUAGUUCAAAGGGCGACUAUUUAUGAACAAUUUUGUGGCUGAAUGAAUAAUGUCAAUGGGGGCGUUAAUGUAAUCCAACUGCUUCCCAGUGGGUGAAUCCGUGAAUAGUUUUUAAUAAGAGGAACUAUGAAGACUGUAGUUGUGGACUUUCUUA